UGGUUUUUGUCCCAAAGAAAUCAAAAGAUUUGCAUAUGAGUUGGCAAAGAAAUAUAAACUGUCAUUCCCAUCUCAGUGGGAAGAAAACAAAACGGCGAGUAAAGAUUGGUUUAGCAACUUCAUGAAAAGACAACCACAAUUAUCUAUAAGAUGUGCACAACCCACUAGUAUGUCUCGUGCCACUAGUUUUAAUGAAACUAAUGUAAAUAUCUUCUUUGACAAUUUGCAAAAUGUCAUUGAUAAAUAUAAGUUCGAAACAAAGGAUAUUUAUAAUGCUGACGAAACAGGGAUCACAACUGUCCAAAAACCAAAUAAAAUUGUUACUAGAAGAGGAAUCAGGCAAGUUGGCGCAUUGACAUCUGCUGAACGAGGAAGCUUAGUCACAAUAAUGUGCGCAGUAAAUGCUAUCGGUAAUUUUAUACCUCCGACAUUCAUAUUUCCGAGACUUCGAUAUAAAGAGCAUUUUGUCAGAGAUGGGCCAACUGGCAGCAUUGGAGCCGGAAACGCAAGCGGAUGGAUGCAAGAAAAUGAGUACCUCAUAUUUUUUAAACACUUUCAAAAAUAUACGUCUGCAACAGUUUCCCAUAAAGUUCUUUUGCUACUGGAUAAUCAUUCUUCCCACAUAUCCAUCCAAGCCCUUGACUAUUGUUCCGAAAACGGUAUAAUAGUGCUGUCUUUCCCUCCCCAUUGCUCACAUAAGCUGCAGCCACUAGACCGUUCUGUAUAUGGGCCACUAAAAAAAGCUGUCAAUACCAGUUGUGAUGCUUGGAUGUGCAAUAAUCCAGGGAAAACAAUGACUAUCUAUCACAUUCCUUCCAUAAUAAACACGGCUCUUCCAAUGGCGCUGACUGUAACUAACAUUCAAGCAGGCUUCAGAUGCACGGGCAUAUUUUCCUACAACAGAAAUAUAUUUACAGCUCUUGAUUAUGCUCCAUCUUAUGUUACAGAUAGGUCAGCACCUUUAUCUGAAAUUGGUAAUAAAAAUGAAAUUAGCUCAACCGAAUCGAGAGACGCGAAUGAUGAACCUAUACCGUCAACGUCUCGUUCUGUCUCAUGUGAACUCAACACUCAAACUCAAUCAAUAUCAGAUGAAGAAAUAAAUCUACAUGAAGAGUUCACGCCAGAAGCUGUUAGACCUUUCCCUAAAGCUCCGCCUAGGAAAGAAGGAAAUAGAGGUAAAAGAAAAAAGAAAUCUACUGUAUAUACUGAUACUCUUGAAAAAGAAAAAAUUAGAGCAGGAUAUGACGAAAAACACAAAAAGAAAAGUAAUCUCUAUUUGUAUUAA